UCUAACUCUGUCUAACCUACCUAUUCUGUAUCUAGGUCCGUACCUAUGGCGCAGGGAUGCUGUUCCGAAACCAAACACCACGUUGGCACUGGCGGAUGGAUCGGACACCCUGGCCCCGUCAUUCCGACACAAUACUGGACAUGAAGGCUCCGGACCUGGAUCUUGACUACGACGCUCAUUUGCCAUUGUUCCGGGGCGACACCAACUACUGUUCCCUUGUAUUCUGAUCGUCUCUAGAUCUUGUCGAACUUUUCACCUUUCCACGGCCUCGCGCGUUGUACAACAUCCUUCCUUUCGCAGCCAGAACCUACUACCGUCCGGCCUACGGCUAAUUUCCCAUCCCUGAUCAUCCACCUCUACAAUCCAACCAUCUCGACGACAAGGCCUUUGCAGGCACGAAACCCGUCGACAAGUCCGAACGCGCUGGGCGCCUCGCCUCGAGAUCGCAUUUCUCUAUUCGAAUCGCCGCAGACCCAAUUCUCCACUAUGGCGGUCGCAUCGAUACAGGAUCGAACCGCCGAGUUCAAGUCGGUUCUCGCGCAAGCACAGCGUCGCCACGCCUCGAACAAGGUCGGCGCUCAACGACGGUCUCUCCUGUCCGACUCUCAGAAGGCUGCUGCUGUUGGGGACUCCCGACCGCGGCGCUCCGACUUUGCGCGCCAGGCGGCGCAUAUCGGAAGAGGCAUCUCGGCCACAAUGGGCAAGCUCGAGAAGCUGGCAACAUUGGCAAGGCGCAGAACUCUGUUCGACGACCGGCCGGUCGAGAUCAACGAGCUCACGUACAUUAUCAAGCAAGACCUGAGCGCCCUUAACCAACAGAUUGGAAACCUACAGGUUUUGACGAAACAGCAACAUCCCAAGGCCGACCAAGAAGGAGAGCACAACAAGAACGUCGUCUUUAUGCUUCAGGGCAAGCUGACAGAUGUCUCGGCCAACUUCAAGGAUGUGCUGGAGGAGCGAACCAAGAAUAUCCAGGCUUCGAGGUCGAGGACAGACAAUUUCAUCUCCAGUGUUUCCCAACACACGCAACCGCCAUUGCAGCAAUCGGCCUCGCCCUUGUACGGAACACCCCAAAGAGGGACGCCGUCACCAGGCGCCGACCUGUUGUCGUUGAAUCCUCCAGGGGACCAGCAGCUUCUGCUGAUGGAAGAGGCACAACCGCAAAACACGUAUAUCCAAGAGAGAGGUGCAGCUAUUGAAAGCAUCGAAUCCACAAUUGCCGAGUUGGGAUCUAUCUUCGGACAGUUAGCAACCAUGGUUUCGGAACAAAGCGAGAUGAUCCAGCGAAUCGACGCAAACACGGAGGAUGUUGUCGACAACGUGCAAGGUGCACAAAGAGAAUUGCUCAAGUACUGGGGCCGUGUCUCGAGCAACAGAUGGCUCAUCGCCAAAAUGUUCGGUGUGCUCAUGAUAUUCUUUCUGCUUUGGGUUCUCAUUGCCGGCUAGAACGAAUUGAGAUUCGCCGUAGCUACCACCACAGGCAUGACGGGCGGCUGCUCUGUAAGCAAGAUCAAGAUGGAGAAGGGCGUUGGUUUUUGUAAUACCAGUAUCGUCUGGCUGUACUAUGACGUUGACGCCGAGAAGCGGGCGCGGUAUAGCUAUAGAGCAUAUUUCUUGCACACUAGAUCUAUUAAUCACUAAAGAGGCUAACUUCGGCGAAUCUCCAGCUCUGUUCCGGGCUCUGAGGCAUGCCAGAGUGUCUAUGUGAGUACUGGUGGGGGUGGAUCCCUAUCCCCCCCAAGAGUGGAGAGCCAGACAACCAGAGAGGAAAGGAGCAAGGAAGCGAGAACGUCGCAGCAAAGAGAGGUACAUGGUACUUGCCCGGCGCCCAGGCCAGCCUCGCCUCGCCUCCCUCCCCCCCCUCUCCACAAGAGGGCCUCGGGGUUGGUCCCGGGGACUUUGCCCGUACUGGAACGUCGCCCAGCCUCUAUUCAAAAUACUCGCAACUUUCCAUAACUCAAGGCCCCCUCCCUCCUAGGCAUUUUCUCUCAUGACUCGGCCCAACAACGCCCGAGAGCUGUUCCGAUGACCAGAGAAUUAUCCAUGAAUGGAACCCCUCAACAGUCUGGCCCACCGAGGGGGAGGGGGUGUGCCCUCUUUUUCUCCUUACGCUAUACCAAUUCACAUCGUUAAAAUGACAAACUGGGGAAAUCCACACGAAAAAGGGACAGCCCGCCGGGCAAGCCUGGGAAGCUGAGGCCGAGGGUAUGAUGCGUAGGUACAGUGCAGUAUGCGAUACCCAGCAUGACUGACAAAGGCAACCUGGAGGGGUUUGGGCAUGGGUUCGCGACAAUCGUCGAGCAUUUACCCGGCCAGGGAUCUCGAGACACAAUGAACACUGAUAGCCUUUUUAUUCUUUCUUUUUU